UCUCUAUUUAACAAACUAUCUAACAAACUUUCAGGGAAAUAGGUUACUUCUACAAGCCAGUUGAAACGGACUACAUCUGCAGCAAAAGCAGUUACUCAGGAAUGCACUCCUGUUCGAAUCUUCCUCCAUUCAAGAAUAAUUCCCACGCAUGCAACCUCACCGUCGAAGAGAAGGAAUUGCCUCAAUAUAGGAACAAUGAUUCGUACUGCAUCAACUGGCACUUCUACUAUUCGUUGUGUUCGGACCGCAAUCAAAAUCCGUUUCAAGAUACCAUUUCCUUCGAUAAUAUUGGAUUGGCAUGGAUUGCUAUAUUUUUGAUCGGUUCGUUCUUCAUGAUCAACCUAUGCUUGGUCGUCAUAGCAACGCAGUUUAGUGAAACGAAAAAACGAGAAAUGGAACGGAUGAGACUGGAAAGGGCCAGAUUCCAGAGCAGUAGCACGCUGGCAUCGUCCACCAACAACAGCGAACCUACCAGCUGCUAUGCCGAAAUAGUCAAGUACAUUGCACAUCUGUGGAGGAGAAGUAAAAGAAGACUGUUGAAGAAAAUUAGGUUAUAUAGGGUAAGAAGGGACCAAAGAAGAGAAAAGAAAAUAGCAAUCGGGGAAACGAUAAGGCUGAAUUAUGCCAGAAGGCAUCAUCCAAAUUGCCCAAAGAUUCGCCAAAAUCAACAAUCACAAAGCGCACCAAGUACAAGGAAUGUCUCAAGAACGAGUUCGGUAAGCGAAAACGUCCAAAAAAACGAAGAUCUGGAGCUGGUGGUCAUACCAAAGAGGCCCAGUCUGCUCAGAGUUCCUUCUGCUUCCAACACGGACAUACCAUCGCUCAAUAAUAAUGAUAGUCCUACAAAUCUAUUGUCUCCUAGUACAGUGCCAAACAAUAGGAGGAGGUCGUCGGUGAUGUUCAGUGACAUCAUCAUGCUUCAUGGUCAAAACGUAUCACCUCCGUCUUCUUCUUCAAAUCUUCUAGCUACCAAUACCAACAUUGACAAGAAAAAUGUAUGCUCAAGUGAAAAGACUACUCAAGCAGGUGAUGGCAACAUCUGGCAAGUAACAUCGGUGCCAAAUCAACAGCAACUGCUACAAACUCAACAACAAAUACAACAAGACUGCAAUGAGCUCAUGAAUGGCGAAACACUAACUUGCCAAGAGUUGCUAGCUCUGGGAGCCAUUAAUGCUGCUUUACCCACUGGUCAAAUAGUGUUGGACACGUUUUUCAACUCACUAUCAAAAGGUAUUAGCAAGAGAAGCGACAAAACCGGGGAAGACCUCUAUAUCCAACAGCUUCCAGAAGACGAUUUUUCCUGUUGCCAAGACUUAUGGCACUGCGAGUCCGAAUACAAAAACGAAAAGCGAUCUAGAUGCUAUAUCAUCUGUUGCCUUAUCAUCAAAGGGACAUUUAGGUUUUUCAAGUUGAUCAGAAGAUACAUCAAGGUCCUUGUGGAACACAAGUUUUUUCGCAAUGGCAUUCUGUUGGCUAUACUGAUUAACACGCUCUCCAUGGGCAUUGAGCACCAUAAACAGUCAGAGAUACUUACACAUGCUGUUGAAGUGACCAACGUUAUAUUCUCCAUUAUAUUUGCUGUGGAGAUGUUGCUAAAGAUUAUUGCAGAAGGGCCGUUUGGAUAUAUAUCCAACGGAUUUAAUGUGUUCGAUGGCAUCAUAGUAGUAUUAAGUGCAAUUGAGCUAUUCAAAAACGUAACUAGUGAAGAGCAUGCAGACUCCGGUCUGUCAGUGCUAAGGACAUUCAGACUUCUGAGAAUAUUGAAACUAGUGCGGUUUAUGCCAAAUCUAAGAAGACAGUUAUUCGUUAUGCUAAGGACGAUGGAUAACGUUGCAGUAUUUUUCUCGCUACUAAUUUUGUUCAUUUUUAUAUUCAGCAUUCUGGGCAUGUACUUGUUCGGGGGUAAGUUUUGCACCUACACAGACGACCAAGGAAACACCAGGGACUGUGGAUGCGAGAUGAUGAACGAGAACAAGUGUUUGUGCGACCGCAAACAUUUCAACAACAUCCUGUGGGCCACCGUCACGGUUUUCCAAGUGAGAUCUAUUUUAAUUAAUGGUCUGAAGUCACGACGAACCAUGCUAUGUUUCAAUCACAAUUUGAACUUUACUGGGCCAAUUCAAUCCGGAUUUCAAACUGGGAGCUUUCUACGCAUUGAGCGACUAAACUGCGUUUUGAACAAACUCUAA